AUGACUUCUCCAAAAAGACCAUUCCGUGUCAUCGUGGUAGGUGGCGGCGUGGGAGGCCUGACAGCAGCUCACACCCUCCUCCGGGCCAAUAUCGACUAUGUGGUCCUGGAGAAAGGUGUGAUUGCUCCACAAAAAGGGGCGAGUAUUGGUAUUUAUCCACAGGGGUCUCGUGUUCUAGACCAAAUUGGAUGCUUGCAGUCCGUUGAAAAUGAAUGUUACCCGUUGGGAAAAUCUAUCAAUAUUCUGCCUGAUGGUAAGAUCAUGGCGAACAGUGACUUCUUUGCUCACUGCCGGAACUAUCAUGGAUACCCCAUUCCGGUGCUGGAACGUCGGCGAUUUCUCGAGAUCCUCUACGAAAGGCUGCCCGACAAAUCCAAGGUGCGCACCAAGGCGGGUGUGGUAGACAUCAUCGAUCGUGUGGAUGGGGUCAAGGUUGUCCUAGAAGACGGCAGUGUUGAAGAAGGUGAUCUCGUUAUUGGCUGUGAUGGCGUCCACAGUGCUGUACGCAGUCUGAUGUGGCGCAAUGCCAAUGCAACAAUUCCAGGCUUCAUCACGACGGCUGAAAAGAAAUGUGAGUGGUCCUGCUCGUCCAAAACCAGAUUCACCUUGCUGACCUUCAUCCCCUCAGCCCUCUUCUGCGACUGGACUGCCCUCGUGGGUCUUAGCCCAACUCUGCCCGGCAUGAGCAAUUGCGACAUGACCUGCACGCAUUAUCCCGCUCGCUCCUUUCUCGUCAUUGGCCAGAAGGUAUACACCUUUUGGUUCGUGUUUUUCAAGAAUCCUCAGCGCCUUCAUUGGCCGAGCAGUCCCCGCUGGAGCGAUGCUGAUGCCGAAAGACGGGCGCUUGAAUGUGCCGACUGCCCCAUCUCCAGCACACAGGUCUUUGGCGAGCUUUGGAAGACACGCCUCCGGGGAGAGCUGGUCAAUGUCGAAGAAGGUCUCUUUGACCAUAUGUAUUUCGGGCGUGUCGUUCUCGCUGGCGAUGCUGUCCACAAGAUGACCCCCAAUGUCGGGUUGGGUGGUAACUCAGCUAUGGAGAGCAUUGUGCUUCUGUCCAACCAGCUCAAGCGGGCCAUCGAGAUCCACCCUGGUGGUCAUCCGGAUGCGAAGAUAGUUGAGCAGAUGCUGUCAGAGUAUCAAAGUUUGACUAAGGAGCGCAUGCGCAAAAUCAUCGACUUUUCUAAUCUUGCUUCGCGCAUCCAGGCUUGGGAUACUCCUUUCCACAAACUUUUGUCACGUGUGGUCCCCUAUCUUCCUGAUACUACAUUCGCCAAGCAAGCUGCUCAGUUGAUCAAGGCAUCGCGCAAGUUGGAAUUUGUGAAGUUGCCCAAACGUUCUGUCACUGGAACUAUGCCUUGGGACGAUGAGGUAAAGCUGGCUAUGCAUGAGAGAAAGGCAGCCAAGGGAGAAAGUACUAUUUCUUUCAUUUAUACUCCAAUCGUUGGUUUAUGUUUGGCUCUCUCAUUCUUCUUCAUCUCGAGUAUGUUGUCAGCAUAG